CAGUUCUUAACCGAGUAGUGAUCCCGAGCCUGGAUCAAACGCACUUUAAAAUGUCGCAGACACAGAAGCGUAUCAUCAUCCAAGCCUACGUUACCGAUAUUCCCGGCACUCCAGAAGAACGGCCGUUCCAGCUCGGCAACGAGUUCUGUAAGCAGAUGCUGGAAAGACCAAUUAAAGCCCAGGUCCAGCUGCCGGCCUACGACAACAUCCAUCUUCUACCCAAAUUUGACUCCCAAAAGGGCAAGGCAUGGUUCAUCUAUGACCUAGAUGUUACGGGCAGGAUGACCAGGGAGGAACUUUCCAAGAUCCCUCACGAGGUAUAUCUGGCCUCAUGUCGUCGCGAUGGCGAUAAUGUAUUUUGGACAUUCACGCCGCGGGAGAUAUGGUCCAAGCAGGCGAAGAACUAUGCCAGCAUGUACACGUGGGGGGGUGGACCAGAACAGGAGCGGCUGGCGAAACUGAAGGGCGAAGAUUGAGUUUGCCGUUCUAGCCGACCUAGGACGUAUGGGUCAAGAAGUCGAAGAACUACGCUAUCAUGUACACGUUGAGAGAUAGUGCAAAAUAGGAGAGACUGAAAAGGCGAAGAUAGACUUGGUCAUGAGUUUGCCGUCCUGGCCAUCCCAGGCAGCUUGGCACAAAGUGCCAUAGCCAUUGUUUUAUCCUCAGUGUGUAUUCUAGAGUCCAAUCACCAAUU